CACUUGUCCUCUUCAACUCCCAACACCCACUAGUUCACUAUUAUACCUAUACACUCUCCUCCUUCUCCUCCCCCUCUCAACUAAUAAUUAAAACCAACAAACAUGUACACUUUCUUAAUUUAAUUAAUUAUUUUCUACUUUCUUUCUUCCUCCUCUUUUAUUUUAUUUACCUAGCUAGUUAGUUACCUCUUCAAUUCCCUCUUAAAUAUUCCCUCUGCUUUGCUCCCAUACACAUAUCCCUCUCACUCUCUCUUUUUGAGAUAAGUUUGUUUAGUUUCAUUUUCUGUGAUUCUCGUCUGACAAGCCCCCCCCCCCCCCCCCCCCCCAUUUCCUGCUUCUUCUUGGCCCUCCAAUUUCCCCUCAGACCUUGUUCUCUCAUCACUCACUCACUCACAACAACAACAACAACAACAACACUCUCUUUCCUCUCUCAUUUUUAAUUAUUCUCUUCAAUUCCUUAAGUCAUUAAGAGGUAGCUAGAAGUAGUAGCUCGCAACAGCAAAUAUUUCUGACACAAACAUCAUCACAAAAGGGUAGUAGUGGACGUUGUUGUUAAUAAAUUGUUCCUCUCAUUAAUUAAUUGACAAUGUCUAGCAGAAGAUCUCGUUCAAGACAAUCCGGUGCUUCCGCUGAGAUCACUGAUGCUCAAAUCACCGAUCUCGUUUCCAAGUUACAACAACUUAUCCCUGAGCUUCGUGCUAGGCGCUCCGACAAGGUUUCAGCUGCUAAGGUAUUGCAGGAGACAUGCAACUACAUAAAGAACUUGCACAGAGAGGUUGAUGAUCUAAGUGACCGAUUAUCGGAGCUUUUGGCUAACACAGACUCCAACAGUGCUCAAGCAGCCAUUAUUAGGAGCUUACUUAUGUAAUAGUCUAGUCUAGUGCAUUAAUUUGUGUCGUGUGCAUGUCCAUGUCUCUCUCACUUUUUUUUUUUUAUCACUCUGGGUAGGGUUUGGUUUGUACUUUGUUUAUCAACGCAAAGGACUACCAUCGGAUCCAUGUGAAUUAGUUCUUAAUUAGUUAAUUUUAAUUAUCAUGUGGCACUUUGUAGUAAUUAAUAUCAACAGCUUCUACGGCUGUAAAUAAAAUGGACUACAUCUUGGUGAAUUCUAAUUAUUA